ACUGUACUCCGAGGCCCUUCUCAGAGAUUACAAUUAUUGUAUUUGCCUUGGUUCAAGCAAGUUGUCGUCAUCAAAUAGCAAACACAUACCCGUUGCCUAACACUUAAAUUUAACUAAACAUUUGAUUUGUGUUACACAAAUGAUCAAUUGUCAUUGUUAGCUAUAAGAACGGUGCUAGAUAAUCUUUGGAUAAAUUAUGAGCAGUAUGUAUUAUUAUGUAUAUAUUAUUAGAUAUGUUCAUGACAAUUUAUAUUGAUGACCAAUAGGCGUUUGUGUAUUUUUUUAGUAGUGAUGAAAGUUACGUAAAAAAGUGACAUAUUUUACUAGCACAAAUUUGCACAAAUAAAACUGACGUUCAGGCCACGCAAGUUAUUCUUUCUUAAUGCAAAGGAGUCGCCAAAGACUUGAGGCAGUGUCAGUAAAGUCGAGAACAACCUGUGUGUCUUUGUCCCAUAACGUAACACCUGAGGGCGCUCCACAUUUGCAUAAUCCUCUCUCGGUUGGUUCGCAUCCAAUGUGCUGUUCAGAUAUUGGUUGCUUGACAACAUGGCCUCCAAUGACAGAAGUGUUUAGAUGGACGCCGACACGGGAAUACACUUAAAAACAAUCAGCGCUCUGCACCUUCAUGAUGUUUGCCGAACGAGUUAAGGUAAAACACGGAGUUUAUGUUGCGGUCUCAUGACAGUGUCAAAUGAUCUGCGACACAGUGCGAGUUGUGUGGCUGUGAUUAAGGGACGGCAGGUGUGUUGGCAAUACCAUUUGUAUUUGAAUGAUGGUUGAAUGUCGUGUUCAAUGUCGGACUAUGAUUAGAGUGAACGUGUUGUCCUGGUCCGUGUGAGCUAACGUUAACAGUGCUGUAGCUGUCCGCUGUUUAUCGAACGGAUGAUAAUGAUGUACAACCUGACAAGGACAAUUAACUAAUGCAAAUGCGUUCCACUUUGUCUCUGUGUCAAGGGCUCUGAUCCAGCGACUGCCUCCAAUCUGCUGCAUAGCUCUUAAUCCACCCCCAAGAUCAGACUUAACUGAUGACCGCGCCUGUGUCCUACACUUCUUUGAUAUGGGAGACUGGUCGAGGACUUCACCAUUAGGUGUAUCUAUGGAGAACUCUGAGAUCUCCAGUAUAUCACGGGUGACCCUCUCCUCGUCCAGACAAAACCACGAUUCACUGUAUUCCUCCUCUCUGCCGCUGUCCAAAAGCUCACACAAUGUCCUGAGUGCCUUCUGCAUCGAGGAGAACGUGCCACAAUGCAUUUUAUACAUCAACCAGGAGCUGGUUUCGUUAGGGCUCGCCUCCAUGUGCAUCGCAACGCCAGUGGAGGCCACGCUGAACUCCGUGCCCGCCCUGAACGCCAUGUACGAGCUGCUGCAGGCGCAACGCCGCAGCCAGCGCUCCCUGGAGGAGCUUGAACGGGAUCUGCUGAGGACCUCCAGCACCCUGGAGCACCUGCAGACCGGCAACUACAGGCUCAAGGAUCAGUUGGAACUACUGAAGAGGGAGAAGUCUGGACUGCAUGAGAAGGAGCGACAGCUGCAGCUUAAAAUUGAGACCUUGCAAAGCUGCCUGAAGUCUGAAAAAGAGGAGAUCCAGAAGCUCCAGAAUAUCAUUGCUGGCCGUGCCUCCCAGUACAGCCAUGAUGCCAAGAGGAAGGAGAGGGAGUGUGUCAAGCUGAAGGAGCGCCUGGGUCAACUGCUGAUUGACAAACGGGAUAAGAAACUAGCUAUAGACGUAUUGAACUACCUGGGUCGAUCGGACGGCAAAAGGAUCCAGUGGAAGACGGGGAAAGCUGGAACCAGCCAUGAGGGAGACAUGUACAAGUCUCUGCUGAAUGACUACGAGGCUCGCCAGCAGUCUCUGAUGGUGGAGAACAGCGAGCUGAAGAAAGUCCUCCAGCAGAUGAAGAGGGACAUGAUGUACAUCCUGAGUCCACACAAGCCCUGUGCCAAAGGGUCGCCCGGAGACGACAGUCACGAGCGGGGUUUCCCUCCGGCCGGUUUGGAGGGGGAGGAUGAGGUGGGCGAGUGCAGCAGGGAGAACCUGGACCAGUCCUGUGAGCAGGCCCGGGAGCAGCUCACCUACAGCAUCAGGCUGCAAUGGAGGAGGCUGAAGAACCACAUGGAGAAACUGGACAGCCAAGUGUCCCUGGCCCAGACCCAGCAGCAGUCUGGGAGCGAGGAGGCGGUUCCCAGGGAAGUCCACGAGGAGGAGAUGCAGAGGAUGAGGCUGGAAGUGCAACAGGGCAAGGACUUCAUUCACACCCAGCAGCAGCUCCUCCAGAAACAACUGAACUCCUCGUUCGACGAUGAAACGGCAGCGCUCCUCAACGACUGCUACACGCUGGAGGAGAAGGAGCGCCUCAAGGAGGAGUGGCGGCUCUUUGAGGAGCAGAAGGGCAACUUUGAGAGGGAGAGGAAGAACUUCACAGAGGCCGCCAUCCGACUUGGACACGAGAAAAAAACAUUUGAAGAGGACCGGGCUGCCUGGCUCAAGAAUCAAUUUCUUAACAUGACCCCAUUUGUGGACCGAAAGAGAUAUUCCUUGUCUGACUCCCAGAGUGCCUUAUCGAUCAGAAGUGAGCCAGAGUUGCAGCAGUCUUACACACCAGCCAAACUGACCAAGUCCUCCACCUACACCGAGUUCUCCACUCCGUAUUCUUCCAUCAGUGCUGGCCUGCCAUCCACGACAGAACUAUGCCGUACACUCCACUUUAUACAACCCGACACAAGACACUCGAAGCGAGGGAGCUGGCAAGAGCCCAGCAGCCCCAUUCGGGCAGAGAACCCUUUUGGGAAAUCAAAGCGCAGUGUCCGAUGUAGAGACCCUUGUAUCCUCUCUCUGGACAAAGACGGCGACAGCCCCAUUUGAGGACACUGUAUUUAUGGAGUAGAAUUAGCAAAUGGCUUGGCAGACUACAUUUUAUGCGCCAUCAACACUGCCUCAGGAUGCCACUGACUCGUUAUUUUUUUCAACCAUGGAUCUUCACCAAGCUUGAUCACAAAGGAGAGCACUUUAAUUAUACGUUUGCUUUUUAUCUUUUUCAAACUCUAUUUGGGUAUCAGCCAAGCACUUGUCUGAUUAAGUUAAGAACACUCCGUUUACCCACCUUGGGAUUUUGUUGUACUUCAAAAGACUUUGAUUGAAAAGUGUUUUAGUGAAACUCACAGAGAAAUAUUGCUUAUCUAAAUGAUAAGCAACGUGUGCAAUAAAAGUUUUUUUU